AUGAGGACACUGCUUCUACUUGCUGCCGUUGUCAGCAUUGCUCAACCUCAAUGCUGGAUCUUUGGAUCAUCCCAGACUUUCUUCGGAGAUUGGUCAGACUUCGGAUGCCCUUUUCUUCGAAAUGCAAGCUUUAAAGCUAGAAUGGAAUUCAAAAAAAUCAUCAGAGAUCAAAAAAUGACCAAAGGUGAUCGUGAAAUAGCACUCGAUGAUUGGGCUGAUAAGCACGGUUUGACGAAAGAGUAUCAAAAAUAUAAAAAUGCAACUAAAACCGCACGGGAAGAAACGAGGAAAUCAAUAAAGGAAGCCUUGCGAAAUGUGCAGCAAUUCUUCGAAGAACUUGAAAAGAUCGAAGAUAAUCAGAAUCAAACGUACAAAGAGGAGAGAGCUCAGAUUCGAGAAACAUGCCAGGCUCUUGAUUCUCGUGGUCGUCGCCUUGUGAACUGCAUAUCGAAUUUGUACACUGUACCAGUUUCUUACAGUGGAAAACAAAGAAGAUUUUCACUUUUUGAGGAUUUAUUUCUUGAUGAACCGUUUCUUCUAAGUAAUCCUGCUUCAAAGCUUAAAAGUCUAUUUUCAUGGUGA